AUGGACUACAAUGGCACGGUGCAUGCGACGCCGGCACAACUUCGGCUGCUCGAGAUGCAGCAAGAGGAGGUGCAACAAAAUGCAGCAAAAAUUCAAGGCCUGUUUCAAUACCUGAACUUCUGUGAUGCAGCAGCUUUCGACCGUUGCCUUGGGCGAUCGGGCAAGAGCCCCGACUGCCUAUCGCAGGCGCCUCAUGGCGGACCAGCCCCCCGCAAGUACGCCACCAUAACCACCACCAGCCACAACCGGAAGAUGCGGCAACAGGAGGCCUCGCGGUCUGUGCUCCUGAUGGCGCAGCGCAAAGAGCCCGCAGCGCUCACCGACGAGGAGACAUUGGCACGGCUCAAAGACGUCUUCAUCGCUUACUCGGACCCCAUGUUGUACGCCCACACGGGCCGGCGCGAGAUGAACAUUGUGGGGUUUUGCCGGCUGAUGCGUGACUGCCGGCUGCUUGACAACCGCCUAACGCUGGUAGCGGCGGACGUGAUGUUCACCAGGGUGGAGGCGGGCGUGGACGACGAGGACGGCAACGGGGGGAGCACGCUGCUAGGGGACCUCCAUGUCGACUUUGAGGAGUUCAUGCGCUGUCUACGUGCUGUGGUGCGUGUCAAGUUCCCCCAGGCCACGGAUCCCAAGGAAGCCAUGCUGCUACUGGCACGCAAGUGGGUGCUGCCCUUCGCUCGGGACUCGGGCGCUGGCGGCGGUGUGGGCAGCUCCGUGGAUGGGCUGUUCAGCCGCAGCACCAUGAAUCUGAUCCGGAAGUACGACGGCCAGCUGAAGAAGCUGUUUGCCUGGUACUCGAGCAUGGACGAGACCGAUCCCGCCCGGGUCACGUGGUCCUGGGCACGUGAGCACGCGGGCGCCAUCAACAGCGCCCAAUUCGUGCUGAUGCUGCUCAACUUCAAUGUGUUGCCAGUGCUGCUGUCCAAGCACGCCGCGAUUGAGGUCUUCAUACGCUGCGAGGCAGCUAACGACGGCGACGAGCGCGCCAAUGCCAUGUUCUACCCCGCAUUUCUGGAAACAAUUGCAGAGGUGGCCCUGGAGGUGGGCAAGUACGCGGUGCCCCGAAUUCGGGCGGCCACGUCGCCUGACGACUUCAAGGUGCUGCGCCGCUACGCGGACUGCUGUCCCCCCCCGCACGGACCCAAGUUGUUGGAGGUGUACCAGGAAGUCCUGGCCAGUCGCGGUCGCGAUGCCAGCUCCCUGGACCAGCACGAGCUGUACGACGUUGAGGCAGCACGGCGACGCAACGAGCAGCAAGUUGCCUCCGCCCUGGAGCAUCAAACGAAGACCUACGCCACCAGCGUCGUACAGAGGCGCGAGGGACUACGGCAGCGCUUCGCCCUCACUCGGCUCCGCAACUUCUACCGGGAUGUGCGCACCUUCAACAACAAUACCACCUGGCCGCCGGAGCGGGACCUGUCGCCCACCAGCCACCGCAACAACGCCCGGCCCGGCGGCGCUGGUGGCGAUGGCGAAGGAGUCCAUGUCGCCUUCUACGACAGCGAACGUGCCAUCAAGACGCCCAGACCGGUGUGGAUCCCCGUGUGCAACGCGGGGGCCCGACGGAACCACCUCUCCACGGACCUUCCCACGCCAUCGGGAGCCGCGGGCGGGACGGCACCGGCAUUCAGCGGCGGUGGAGGCGGAGGCGGAAACUGCCUGCUGCUCGACACCACCCCAUCCGCCCCCGCAGCGGCCCACGGCGUCAGGCACUCAGUCUUGUCCGGUGGAGGCGCCGCGGCCGCCGGCAAUGCCAGGAUGUCGGCACCCAAUACCUUCUCGCCGACCACCGCAGCCGCCUAUGGUUACAUCCGCUCGCCAAAGCCCUACCAGCUCAAGGUCUCCAUAGAGGACCGGGACGAGCAUGAGGCAAUCUUGGACCUCGCCGAGCGCCUGCCGUACAUUUUCACGCAGUCUGAGGCAGCGGCGGCCUCGGCGCGCACCUCCGUCUCAUCGGUCCGGCCGCUGGUGCUGCCCGUACCGAUGAAACCACGCGCCGUCACGGCCCCCGCAGAGCUGAGCCGACGGCUCGCUAACGAGGGCAACGCGGCAGCAUCGGAGCAGCAGCAGCAGCAGGCGGCAGGGGGGGGACAGGUACAGGGCGUCGGCGCCUCUGGCACUGCGCUGGUGGGUGAGGCGAGCAGCUCCACCGUAUCCUCGAGGCCGCGACUCCCGCCGGUUCAUCACCAGCUGCACCGCACGCAGGCGACGGCGGCGGCGCUGGCGAUCCUCGCUGGCCAGCCUUCCCCCCCGCCAUCAUACAGCGUCGACGUGCACAUCGCCACCAUCCACCUGCCGCCAGCCCUCGGCGCCAGCACGUUGCACGCCGUGCCCUCCAACCCUUCCUUAGCAGCCUCACAUUCGCAAAUUAGCGGCCUUAGCUGUGGCGCUAGCGCCUACAGUCCCUGCAGCUCCCAUCGCUUCAGCCCACACUCAUCGCUGAGCCGCCGCCGCCAGGGCACCCGCAAGCGAGUCGAUGCCGCCGGCCUGCCCGACCUGCAGCUACCUGCGGAUAGCGGACCCGGCAGCGAGGUUGCGGCGGCGUUGGACGAACUGGAUAAGUUUGACGAUGCGCGGGCGCUUGUGGCAGCGUCUGCGGCAGUCGACGGUGUCGGCCGUGGUGGGAUCUCGUCAUUGCGGCAUCAGGAGGAGGUGAUGCUGCUUCCUUGA